CCGCCGGCGCCGCCGCCAAGGGCCGCGUGAUGGCGGGCUGGGGGCUGCUGGGCCGCUUGGGGGCUCGUCUGUGGGCCCGGGGGCCGGGGAGGCCUCUGCGGGCGGCGGCGGCGGCGGCGGCGGCGUCCGCCGACAGAGGACAGCUGGGCUUUGUGGUCAGGCAUGUUAACAAUACAACGUGGUGGAGUGAACAUCUUUCUGAAGAGAAUGUUGAGUUCCUCAAGAAGAUAACUGCAGAAGAGUACAAAGCUCAAACAGCCAGCAAGCUGUGUCCUCUGAAAGAUGAACCAUGGCCACUGAAUGAGUGGAAACCAGGUUCCAUCAGAGUUGGUGUCGUUGCAGUAAAAUUGGGAAUGAUGCCAAUAUGGACCAAGUCAGGAGAGAAACAUGUAGUCACGCUACUUAAGGUGCAAGAUUGCCAUGUUCUAAAGUACAUUUCAAAGGAAGAUUCAGGUGGAAAGUCACCUAGGUUAGUUGUUGGAGGGAAAAAUGCAUCUCCUUUUUCAAAAUCGGAGUCUGAAAUGGAAAUUUUUAGAGAAGCUGGAGUACCACGGAAAGAGAAAAUUACGACAUUUAAUGUAACUGAUGAUGCCAUCAUUAAACCAGGUACUCCUUUGUAUGCUGCUCACUUCCGCCCAGGUCAGUUCGUGGAUGUUACUGCAAAAACAAUUGGUAAAGGAUUUCAAGGUGUUAUGAAAAGAUGGGGAUUUAAAGGCCAGCCUGCUAGCCAUGGCCAAACUAAAACUCACAGACGUCCUGGAGCAAUAUCUACCAAUAAAGCUUCCAAAGUUUACCGUGGAAAGAAAAUGCCUGGUAAAAUGGGUAACGUUUACAGGACAUCUUUUGGAUUAAAGGUGUGGCGAAUCAACACAAAACAUGACAUUAUUUAUGUAAACGGGUCUGUUCCAGGUCACAAAAAUUGUCUAGUGAAGGUACUUCAACAGUUAGGUAUGGCAACUUGCAAGUGAGUAGAGAGCAGCAUUAAUAAGGAGAUAAAUGUCUAGGAGAAGAGGAACGACCUACUCCAGAAGCUAUAUAGCUAUCCAAGCCAAUACAACAUACUAAGCCUUUCUCCUCCUUGUUUUUAGCAAAGAGUUUGCUUUUGAUUAUCAAACCUGGAAGACUUGCAUUCAGAAAGCUACUGAAACUUCCUGGCAAAAGAAAAUAAAUAGCAUUUUUUUUCAGAAGCUGAAGUUUAAGUCAAAUUUAUUUUGUACUACAUCUGCAAGAAUCCUCUUGGACUUUGGGAAAGACUUAGGUAAUAGCAGAUAUGAAUCUGGUAAAUGCAGUGCUGUUAGAACAGAACUGUCAGCAGGCAUAAAAUUGUUUUAUUUAAUUUUGCUGUAAAUCAUAGUUGUCUUAUGUGUGUUUCUUUCCAACCAAGAAGAGUGCUAUUCUUAGGCAACCCAUCAAAAAAAAAAAAAAAAAAAAAAAAAAAAAAUCCUUACUACAGUAAACUUUUUUCUCUAACUCUUUGUACUUUUUUAAUCUAGUUGAAUAUAGUAGUAACUGAAAGGAAUUAUUACACUGUCUACAGGAAGAUCAUAUGUAACAAUACGGAAAUGAAGAAUUUGGCUUUAAAUAAAAUUUCCUCAUUCGAGAA